AAUAGUAAAUUACCAAAGUAGCUAUUUGUACAAAAAUAUUAUUUCGAUAUUCGAUCUCGAAUUAUCCACAGUCCACACCUAUCGCAUAUUCGCAUGGAGACUAACUAAAGACUAAAGAAAGGGUGCCGUAAUUCUAAAAUGGAUCAAAUGUUACCAAGCCCGGGGUUCAGUAUUCCCAGUAUUGGAACCCCAGUACAUCAACCAGAAGAAGAUCAACAGAUUAUGCAAAUGCCACCAUUACAGCCACAAGGUUUAGCCAUGAGUACCAGUAGUCUGCCAUCUCAACAACAGUCAAUGAAUAAAAUAUAUCAGACAAACAACAUGGGUUACGCCACACCACACAGCAUGAUGCAUUCACAAACACCUAUACAUCAAAGUAUGCCAUCUUUGACAUCCAUCAGUUCAUCAUCUUCGACUGUCCCAGCUCUACAAACUAUUCAAAACCCAGCAACGCCUGCCCCGAUGACACCUAUGACACCAGCUUCUGCUGAUCCUGGUAUUGUACCUCAACUCCAGAAUAUAGUGUCUACGGUAAAUCUUGGAUGUCGGCUUGACUUGAAAACUAUUGCUUUACAUGCCCGUAAUGCUGAAUUUAACCCAAAACGAUUUGCAGCUGUAAUAAUGAGAAUACGUGAACCGCGUACUACAGCUUUAAUCUUUAGUUCUGGUAAAAUGGUGUGUACUGGCGCUAAAAGUGAAGAAGAUUCCAGACUGGCGGCAAGGAAAUAUGCUAGGAUCAUUCAAAAACUCAGCUUUCCCGCCAAGUUUUUAGACUUUAAAAUUCAAAACAUGGUUGGUAGUUGUGAUGUGAAGUUUCCUAUACGCCUUGAGGGAUUGGUACUCACUCAUGGCCAGUUUAGCAGUUAUGAACCAGAACUCUUUCCUGGGCUAAUUUAUAGAAUGGUAAAACCACGAAUUGUGUUGCUGAUAUUUGUAUCUGGAAAAGUUGUACUGACAGGUGCCAAAGUACGUCAAGAAAUUUAUGAUGCCUAUGAUAAUAUUUAUCCAAUAUUGAAAAGCUUUAAAAAAAACUAAAUUAUUAUGUAAA